ACCCAAGUGAGGGCGAGGGAGGCAGGCAGGCUAAGUGGAGCCCUACACGGAGGCGAAAAAGUGUGUGUGCGUGAAUGUGUGUGUGUAUUACCGAAGGCAAACCGAGUGCAAAUUAAUGUUUAUUCUUUUAUAGGAGUGAUACGUGCGUGAGGAGCCGUGAGGGUUUUGAAUCCCUUUCAAAACGGCACGUAAAACGGCUCGGUACAGAUAAUAUUGGCUGAGCAACCCUCCGAAGUAAAACAUGGCGUGCUGCCUGUCGGAAGAGGCGAAGGAACAGAAGAGAAUAAAUCAAGAAAUUGAAAGGCAACUUCGGAGGGAUAAACGUGAUGCGAGGCGUGAACUUAAACUACUAUUAUUGGGCACAGGAGAGUCAGGGAAGUCAACAUUCAUCAAACAGAUGAGAAUCAUCCAUGGGUCAGGGUACUCAGAUGAAGACAAGCGUGGCUUCAUCAAACUUGUGUACCAGAAUAUCUUCAUGGCAAUGCAAAGUAUGAUAAGAGCCAUGGAUUUACUUAAGAUCCAGUAUGCAGAAUCUUCAAACAUUGAUAAGGCAGAACUUAUUCGCACUGUGGACUAUGAAACAGUAACAACGUUUGAGAGUCCGUAUGUGGAAGCCAUCAAGGAUCUUUGGGCAGAUGCGGGUAUCCAAGAGUGCUACGACAGAAGACGUGAAUACCAGCUCACUGACUCUGCCAAAUACUACCUGAUGGAAAUCGACCGUGUCGCUGCCCCAAACUACCUCCCAACCGAGCAAGAUAUUUUGCGUGUCAGAGUCCCCACUACUGGUAUAAUAGAAUACCCCUUUGAUUUGGAAGAAAUUCGUUUUAGCUACUUGAGUGAUAUCGAGCGAAUUGAGAAGGCAGAGUACCUCCCAACCGAGCAGGACAUUCUCAGGGCCAGAGCGCCCACCACAGGCAUUUUAGAGUACCCUUUUGAUUUGGACUCCAUCAUUUUUAGGAUGGUGGAUGUAGGAGGGCAGCGUUCGGAAAGACGGAAAUGGAUCCACUGUUUUGAAAAUGUCACCUCCAUAAUCUUCUUAGUCGCUUUAAGCGAGUAUGAUCAGAUUCUGUUUGAAUCUGAAAAUGAGAAUCGGAUGGAGGAGAGUAAAGCCUUAUUCAAAACGAUUAUCACAUAUCCGUGGUUCCAGCAUUCGUCAGUAAUUCUUUUUCUCAACAAGAAGGAUCUCCUUGAAGAGAAGAUCAUGUACUCUCAUCUUGUGGACUACUUUCCUGAAUAUGAUGGUCCAAAGCAAGACCAUGUUGCAGCUCGAGAGUUCAUCCUCAAGGUGUACCUAACUCAGAAUCCAGAUCCUGAUAGAAUGUGCUACUCUCAUUUUACAGCAGCCACAGGCCCCCAGAGGGAUGCAAUUGCAGCUCGUGAAUUCAUCCUAAGGAUGUUUGUGGAUCUGAAUCCCGACAGUGAGAAAAUCAUCUACUCGCACUUUACCUGCGCAACAGACACAGAGAAUAUCCGGUUCGUGUUUGCAGCAGUGAAGGACACAAUUUUGCAGUCGAACCUGAAGGAGUACAACUUGGUGUAGGCGUGUGUGGUGGGCUUCCCGCUUACUCAUAUCACACCACUGCGAUGAUUGUGUGGACAUCAUCGUUGGGACCUGUUGCUGUGCGUGAAGCACAUUGAGAUGUGUGGCUGCUGAAGAGCGACACGCAUCUUAUGUUUUGAAAAUUGAGUAGCACUGUGUGCUUGCGUGUGCGCGCCAAUGCUUCAAGAGAGGAACACCACCAUCUCGAAUCUAUCGUUAAAACUGCAUUGAAUUACUUCCCACUGGAUAAUUUUUUUUUUAAUAUUGUCUUACUGGGAAAAAAUAGUAACACCAUCGCGAUUAUUCGCCGACAACGGCCUUAGUUGUGUACGUUGUGACGGACGAAGUUGACCUUCUUUCCAUAACCCUUGUUCUGCUUUUGUUUGUAAUGACUUUGAUCCGUUUGGCUUUGUUUCAUGUACAAUGCAGUGUACUGUUAAAGGAUGGGGGGUUGUAAUUGCAGGUUGACUGACUGAAGCUUUUGAAUACUUUUUAUUAGCAUAUUUGGAAUGUCCAUAAGUCACAUUUAACUAAGAUCAACCCUGUGUGUCAAUGAACCCCCCUUAUGCCAACAGCUGGGGGAAGUUUUAUGGCUCGGCAAGUGAUGCCUUUUCUAAUAAUUUCAUAAUGCCUAAUUAAGAAAUAGAAUGGUAAUAGAUUUUUUUUUUGGCAUCAAAAGGAAGAUUGCCAACUGCAGGUGUGUGUACAGUGAAUUUGUCACAGGUAGUAUACAGGUCACGAGUAAUGACUGUUACGUAUAAAUGAUUUUAAUUUCUCGUCCUCUUUCCACUAAUCUGCACAGGACUUCAGAAAUUGUAGAAACGUACAUGAUGCUCCACAUGUGGAACAGUACUUAUUUCUCAUAAUUAACUUUCUUGUGAACUGUCAGAAAUACUGUUUCCUCCAGGAUUCAAAAUUUAUUAUAAAUUAUUGUUUUUGAGGAUUUGAGAUAAUGUUGAAGCCUUGUCUGCAUAUAGUCUUCUGCUGGCAAAAGGAUGUUAACAUCAUGUUAAUAUCGUUCUUCUGCCUACGCUGUGCAUGAGCGCUGGUGUCCAAAGAGCAGCUUUGAAGAGGAAGAUAGACUGAUGUUUAUGAUGAGUACAAAGUUGCAUUACUUCCACUUCUAAGAUAGCUGAUGGGAAGCUUUUGUGAGAAUACAUAGUAUUAUAUUUGAAGAUUUGAAGUUUGUGAUUUGUGUUCUGUGUAGUCAUAGUGGGGGAGGAUGUGUUACAUAUUUCCAUAAGCCAUGUUUUUUAACCCUUUAAAAGUGUGAAGUAAAGUUUCAUAGAUGUGAAGUUGAGAGAAUACCAGAAGGUGAAGACUAGGUGCAUUAGGGUAAUUUGUCUUUAGUUAGAAUGAACAGUGUUAGAGAUGAAAUCAAAAUGGAGCAACAUAUACCGCAGCACCUGUGUUGUCUAAGGAGUUUCCGCAUAGCGGUGUAAACAGUUAGGGCUGAUAUUCUUUGUUUGAGAGGCCUUUCCAUCCAUCCUUGCAUCUAUUCCAAGAGAAGACAUAGUUUUUCCUUCACCUAAAUUUAUGUACUAAUUGCUGGUGUAGUCACUAAUUGAUUUGAAGAUUACUGUUUUCUGUGAAAGUGUAUAUUCCAGUAAAUGUUUACUGGAGUUUUUGAGGAAUGAUGUCCCAUCCCAGAUGAUUGUAAUCUUCACAGUGACAGCUGUGAGAAUCUCAUGUGUCAUUAUUUUAUUUUUGCAUUAUUACUAAUGCUUGCAUCACUUCCCUUUUCAUGACAGUAGAAUUGUGAUCCAUAAAUCACAGAAGAAGUUUUUAAAAUGUCUUCCUGUAGGAUUGAUGCUGAGAAAGGAAGCGACCAAUUUUGGUGGAAAACAUGGCUCACUGUGUCCUGAUGUUGACAGUAAUGUGACUUGUAGUUGAAUUUUUUUGUACACCAAAUAGGUAGGGUGGUCUUAAUUUUUCAGUCAUAUGAACUUCUAAAUCUAUGUGGUUUGGCUGAAACAUACUGGCUCAUAAAUUGAGACAUGGAGAGAUCAGCCAUGUGACAUAAUAAGUUAACAGGGUUUUCAAAUUUAGUAUUCAAUGGGAAUAGUAUGGAAUUUGGAAGAGUUGUGUUGUACAGGAUAUAAUACCAUACAGUCCAGUGAAAAUGACAUGAUUUUCCAGCAGAACAUAUUACUUCCAACUUCAGAGUCAAAGAAUAAGCCAUAUGUUCCUCUGAAACACUGGUUGACUAUCACCUGACUGCAUGGUAUUACAUCCCAGAUGGCAGAACUCUUGCUUGGUCACUGCUGUGAGAACCUCAAAUCCAGCAGCGUAAAUUUUAUUGGAUUUCAGCAAUUGUGGAAACCAUCUCAAAGUUCAGUUCUAGUCACUUGUCACUUAGGAAUUGGUUAUAAUGGGUCUUCAGUGUCAGGUGAGUGUAAACAAGUUGUAGUACAAUGUUAUGCAUAGUUAAAAUUUUUACUGCUGUUAUUUAAGGCCGAGUGUGACUAUAGCUUGAUUUUAAGGGGCCAAUUAUCAUCCUGCAACGAGAGCUAGUCACAUGGCAAAUUGCAGUUUGUAUAGAAGUUUCUUGUCUAUAAUAUAAAUAAUGUACAAUCAAUGAAAUCAAAACUAUGCUUUCUGCCAGUUCCAGCUGUAGUUAUUUAGGUUUGUGUGAUGGCAUAACUUUUCAUGCUUGAAAAUUAGACAAGGAAGAUGCUAUAUAGCAUGUGAUGUAAAGGAUCACUGGAAUGCUUUUGUGACUUCAGGACUUGAGUGACGCAACAAAGAAAGUAAACCAGAACAUUUUGCUCACAAUCUCUGGUUGAGAAAUGUACUUUCUGACUGUGUGUUGUGUCAUAUGUUUGUCAUAGUUGUCUUUAUAUUAAAUGCACUGAUCAUUAACAAUAUUUUUAGUGCACUUUGUUUUCUUCAGUCCUUAAUAUCUGAUAAAGUUGGAACAUUUACAGAAUAAGUAUGAUAUCACUCUAAUCCUGAUUUAUGAAUAUGUUUUUAAUGCUUUAAUUUUGUAAUGGAUCUUAUGUGUUUUCUUUCAGUUUUUCCAUAUAUAUGUAUGUUAAUUUCUGUCAGGUAAUUUUGAACUCUUUCAUAAUAGAGAGUACUAUAUCCUGGGGUGUGAUGUAUUCGAAUAGAAGCUACUGAUGUUUCAGAAGAAUAUAAUGCUUCUAUCUUCAGGGUCAUUGAGUAAACCAAGCAAGCAAGUAGAGUAUUCUGCUUGCUGUGCUUCUCUUCAACCAUGAAGAAGGAGGCAAGAUAUUCUUCUGAAAUGCUUUUGUACUUCUACCAGCCUGUACAGUGUCACAUGCUGGAAGACGGUGGCACUCUUCAUAAGCACCACCGUAAGAACCAGAGAUCUCACAUUUGGUACAGUUCCUCUCAGUUCUCUAGCAAUCAAUGUAGGAACUGCCACUUGCUAUUAAAGUAUGUGUGAGGAAUUUUGAGUUUCUGAAAAAGGUUCUUGCAGGCUUUAAUAUUCGAUGAUUAAGCAUUGUACUGUGCAGCUUUACUGAAACUGUAGACUACAUGUUCAAAAUUGGAUUAGACUGAUUCUGUUGUAAACUGUGCCCCAUAUAGUAAUGUAUUUAUUUUCAUUUAAAUAGCAUUCCAAGUAUAUGAUAAAUUGAGUAGUGGUUAUGUUCCUUCUGUCUCAAAUGAGUGCGUGUUCAAAGCAUGCAUGCAAAACUUUGCUUCUUGCAGGACUGAAUUUUGAGAGUGACAUUGAGAAGACAUUUUGAAAACAGGUGAUUUACAGUACUGUCAUAGGCUGUCUUCAUUUUGAAAUUUUUCCCCCCUCCAUUGUUUGACCUACAAUGUAUACCUUAGUUUUCCUUCAUUCAUUUUGUGUUCUUUCAUUUAUCUUUGUUCUUAUAAAAAAGUAAGGUUUAGACUCCAUUAAGCUCAAAUUAUGACAUGUGAGUUGUUUUGUCAAAAUGUUCUUGUUUGUUCUGAUAUCUGUUUUUCUUUCUAUUUUUUUUCGUCUUCCUUGGACUUAACAUUUUUGUAUUUUGUAUAAAGGACACCUCACUGUGUAGAAAGUAAUAGGCAUGUGCGAGACUUUGAAUUUUUGGAAUUGAAUUGAGAAAAAAUCAUGCCGUCAACUUUAACAUUGAUUUUUCAGUCUUCAUCAUGGAAGAGUUUUUGCCUACAUCCACAAUAACCUGCAAACUGUCUGAUCCAUUACAGUCAUUGAGGUUGGCAAAGCUAGCAUAAAUCAACUUUAUAGAUUUUAUUCUUUGAAAUGUAGUGGUUUAUGAAAAUUUUUCAUUGAAAAAAUGUGAUAUGAAACAGGAUAAGUAGUACACUCCAGAACAUUAAAGCGGCUAGUAUUUAAAAAUUGUGGGUGCAAUGAAAGAAUUGAUGUUUAUUCUAGUUCUUGCCGCAGGUCUCCAAAUUUUUCCAAAUUGUUAUCUCAGACUCAAAGGACAUUCUCGCACAUACCUAGGUGAUAAAGAGUUUGUUACAUUAAGAGAAGGAGCCAAAAUUUUGCAUUAGGAAGUGAAGAAUUCUGUUACUUGUUGCUGUGAAGAGAACAGCAAUCCAUUUGUUAAAAAAGUGGCGUGCUGAGCAGUUGCAGUGCCAUCAGUGGAAUGGUGGUGUUUUUUUAAAAACAAGAAAAGAUUUAAAAAAUUCUUAGAAGCAGAAAACCGAAGUGUUUUUUAAGAAAUGUGAAAAAAUAACAUCUUUUUCUGUGCAUGUGACACAUUCACAGUUCGUAAUAUAAAUAUUGUUAUAUAUAAUAUAAAAUCUAGUAUAGUCUCUAAAAUAAAAAAAGAACUUUUCCCCCCUUUACCAUUGCAAAUAUUAGUAUAUGACUGCUCUUGUUCGUGUGAUUAGUAUUGUUGCUAUUAGUGUGCAAAACAAGAUUCACUGUGAAGGUUAAAUUUGGUAACAGCUUCCAAUGGGAGGAUAAAUUUCAUUGCACAAAACAAUAACAACAACAAAAAAAGGUUUCAGCCAUUAUCCCCCCAAAAUGGCUGGAUUCAUACAAAAAAAUGAAUGAAAUAUAUAAUAUGCUGCUUGUUUUCUUAAGUGUGCACAAGUUGUAUAUGUAAAGUGUGUGGAACUGCGCCUGAUAGUACAUGUGUGUGUGUGUGUGUGCGCGGGUGGGUGGGUGUGCAUACUUGUAUGUGUGGAAAUUGUGUAUAAAUGGAUGUAAAUGUGUGGCGAUAGUUCAUUUGUAAAUCAUUUCUUGUCAGAAAUAUAUGAUUUUUUUCUGGAACUGGGGUUUUUAAAGGG